AUAUCUAUCUUUCAGCUCGUUGAUCUUUGUGAUGCCUACAGACUGACUGGUAUUUCAGUAGUAUCACAAGAAACAAAACAAACUUGCUUUAGAUGUGAAACCUUUUUUAACUCUAGAUAUCAUGAACCUUAUUACGUUGAAGUGGAAUUGAAAGACAACACUUUAAAGAUUCACAAGCACACUUUACCUUACUUUAUUCCCAUUGACACAAUUAGCCAGCAGUACUUGAACAGUGACAUAAAGAAAUUCUUUAUGGUCAUCUCUGAGCAUCUCAAUGCAUUUGUGGCAAGACGAGAGCAGGUUCACCUUUGUCAAGAGCAACACAGAGAGAAACUGGAGGGGGAAAUAUCUUGCAGUCCUGCACAUGACUUUAUCCAGUUGAAAACAAAGGAUGUUGACAGCCAGGAUAAAAAUGUAGUGGUAAAAUUGACAUAUGACAGACUCACACUAACACAGCCAUCAGGGGUUGAAUUUCUUACUCAGGGUAAAAACACUUCAACGUUUAGAAGAGGACUUCAAGCUAAAAAGAAACUUUUCAAGGAUCUUUACCUCCAUCAGGCCUUUGCUGAAGCCUUUACACAAGAAUUGGACGAUUGAAACUAAACAGUAUACUAAGAUGAUUCAGCUUCGGUUUUCGUGGACGCAAAAUCAUCAAACAGGCGCGGUUAUGUUCCACUUGUUUUGCUCAUUGAAGGCCGACGUUCUAUUAUGCUGAUUAAUUAACAUAUUAGAAAGCUUUUCAGUUGAGCGUGGAAAGUAACUCGCGAAUUCUUUGGUUUUCAAUUACUACUUUUUUGUGAUUGGUUUAAAAAUCUCGCGCCACUUUCUCAUCCAGUCAGAAGUAAAGACAAAACCAAUCAGCUAAACCAAUAGCGACUCGCUCAUAUACUUUUUUCCCGCGCUUUGUGUUUUGAUUGGUUCGCUGGAUUGUCUAUGUUCUUUGUGAAUGACCAAAGAGAUUACUUUAGUUUCGGUUUUUUGACACUUAGUUGAUAACCGCUCUAGUUUGCAGCGCAAACAUAGCUUUAUAACUUAAAACAGAUCGCAAUUUAAGAAAUCCAGCGAUUUACACGGACUACACAUGAUACUUGUCUCCAUGGCACCCUGCUAAGCCGAAUGCAACCUCAUAUUCGUACGAACAGUCACGAUAGAUUAUAAGUCAUAUUUUCACAGUGAAAGUGACCCAAGUGAAGAUGGCCUGCUUAGUUACCCGCUUAUAGAAAGACUAAAUAGAAAGACUAAAGGAGAAUCUUUUAAUGUCGUGAAAGAGGAAAAAAUGAGCUGCAGUAGGAACAUGAAGAAGCAUUUGUGUCAGGUACUUCUUGCGUGAUUUCUUUGAAAAAGCAACGUAAAAGAUUUCCUCUCUGCAAAUGAUGCCACCGAAAAAAGCCCAAGCUCGUACGGAAUACUCAAUAGUGGAUAUACGUUAUUAAAAGUAUACACAAAGCAUUAAUAAAUGGCUUUUAUUUUAUUUAACUUUGAAAAAAGUAUGGUCCAAAAUCUUCGCUUCUUCGAGCGAAUUUAUCUCUAUGGUAAUAUUAAGAAAGAAGUGUCAUUUGAUUUAGUUUCAACUCGAAACCAAUGAGGACACUUUUCAAAACUGGUAUAAAAUUUACAAUUUUUAAAAUCGAAUUUACUGAACAAUGUUUUUCACUUUUUACAGUGCUCUUUUUCAUCAUUCAUAAUUUAAAUAUUCCAUUAUUUAAAGUGCAUUUUCAGAGCUAAAUUCUACAAAAUAUACACGUAUCAUUUACAUUGUUGCUUCCCUGGUUAAAUUACAAAUAUAUAUUGCAUUGAAAAUACAA